AAUGCAGAGAGAUUGUAGUGCAUUCCGUGAGGUCAUGUUUUGUAGCAGGACAACAGAAUAGCCAUCAUUUAUUAUCCAAAUAAUUAAACUUAAUUCAUCUUCGAGGACUCGGACUUUUGUGGCUAAUCCAGAACUGACAUUCUGUAUUUUGGUGACGGAGUACAGAGAGCCUAGUUUGGAUGCCCAGAAAGUAGCUCCUCCAGGUUUCAUCAUGAAUAAAAACAAGCGAGGAGAAGAGAGAGAGUUCUAUAGUUUAGAUGUCGGAGAUUCCACCUUCAAAGUUCUGAAGCGCUACCAGAAUCUAAGGCCCAUCGGCUCAGGAGCACAGGGAAUCGUCUGUUCAGCGUAUGACCACAACCUUGAGAGAAAUGUGGCUAUUAAGAAGUUGAGUCGGCCGUUCCAGAACCAGACGCAUGCCAAGAGAGCGUACAGAGAACUGGUGUUAAUGAAAUGUGUCAAUCACAAAAAUAUCAUUGGCUUAUUAAACGUGUUCAGCCCACAAAAAUCACUCGAGGAAUUUGCAGACGUAUACAUUGUGAUGGAGCUGAUGGAUGCCAACCUGUGCCAGGUGAUUCAGAUGGAGCUGGACCAUGAGAGGUUGUCCUACCUGCUCUACCAGAUGCUGUGUGGCAUCAAACACCUCCACAAUGCCGGCAUCAUACACAGGGAUCUGAAGCCCAGUAACAUUGUGGUGAAGUCAGACUGUACAUUAAAGAUCUUGGACUUUGGCUUGGCUCGGACAGCGGCUACAGGUUUACUGAUGACCCCCUACGUAGUGACCAGAUACUACAGAGCACCAGAGGUCAUACUGGGGAUGGGCUACCAGGCCAACGUGGACGUGUGGUCAGUGGGCUGUAUUGUGGCUGAGAUGGUCAGAGGUAGUGUGUUGUUCCCAGGCACUGACCACAUUGACCAGUGGAACAAAGUGAUAGAGCAGCUCGGGACUCCGCCCCAGGACUUCCUGAUGAAGCUCAACCAAUCAGUAAGGACGUAUGUUGAGAACCGACCGCGCUACGCAGGAUACAGCUUCGGCAAGCUCUUCCCUGACGUCCUCUUCCCUGCAGACUCAGAACACAACAAGUUGAAAGCGAGCCAGGCCAGAGACCUGCUGUCUAAGAUGUUGGUGAUCGACUCGUCUAAGAGGAUCUCGGUGGACGAGGCCCUGAAACACCCCUAUAUCAACGUGUGGUACGACCCAGCAGAAGUGGAGGCACCCCCUCCAAAGAUCACAGACAAGCAGCUGGAUGAGCGAGAGCAUACGGUGGAGGAGUGGAAAGACCUGAUCUGGAAAGAGGUGUAUGAGUGGGACGAGUGGACCAAGCAGAAUGGAGUGAUCAGAGGACAACCUCCUCCUUUAGGUGCAGCAGUGAUUGACAGCUCCCCUCAGCCCGCCUCAUCCUCCUCCUCGGCCAAUGACGUUUCCUCCAUGUCGACUGAGCCAAGUGACCCCACCAUGACCUCUGACACGGACAUCAGCCUGGACAGCCACACCUCCCUGGGAGCACUGGCCUGCUGCAGAUAACACACGCACACACACGCACACACACACACACACACACACACACACACACACACACACACACACACACACAUCCUGUCAUAGUAUACAUAGUUUGAGACACUUAAGGGUCCUUUGUUAAAAACAUGUUUUUUUUUUUAUGUACAGCUUCUUUUAAUUUCUCUGUCUCCUAAUACUAUAUUCUGUAUUGCCGAUUGUGUACAUGCUGUAAAUUAUUAUAUUUAUUUAUUUAUUUUCUUGUGUCAGCUUCUGUCCCUCCAAGCUGUGUACAGUAUUUCUAUGCUGUAAGUUAUAGUCUUUUGGAUCUCACAGUGGAUGGAACUUUUUCCCCCUUUUCUCUAUUAGAAAGUGUUUCCUUACAAACACAUAUUUCAUUUUCUAGUAUUUAGUGUUCAUCUCUAUUUAUAUGGAUCCUAAAAACCAUUGAACAUAUUUCGACACCCUGUUACUCUGCCUACCCGUAGCUGUAGUGUUCUGUAGUCAUGGCUACAACUUUUUUUCUAUUAGUGGAACAUCUCUUUAUUUAUUAUAUGACUGUAAUUGUAACGUUUCUGGGUGUUGGAUCUGGAGAUAGCUUUGUUAUCAAAUGUUAAUGAACCGAUAUGGGAGUAUGGGAAGGCAAUAAAUAACCUGGCCCAAAUACUUUAGACACUUUCCCCUCUUUGUUGCUUUACUUCUUCAACCAGUUACAAUUUGCUCCCCGACCCUCCUACUUGUCCCUCACCCUUCGAUGUUUGCAGAUCUAGUAGUUCUGGAUAAGUAUAAACACAUGUACAGUUCUGCAAACAUCAGCGGGUCGGGGCCAAGGGUAACGGUAAGGGACCAAUUUGGGACAAAUUGGCUGCUUAUGUUUUAUUGGUGGGGCCAGGAGUCUUUCCUCAGGUUACAUGACCAGGCAGGACCCCUAGCCCUAUUCAUUUGAUUUGAUUUAAGUGCUCUUACAGUUGUCUGUGUUUUUAACCCCUCUCUAUCUCGCUCUGCUGUUGAGGCACUCAAGAGUGUUUUGUUAGCUUAGUCAAGCCUUAGCUCCUCUCUCUGUGCCGUCUCUGUUAGAGGACUUGGUUACUAUGAACUACCUCGCCUAUAUGAGUUUCUGAUUGACAUAACAGUCCGCAGCGUACGGUCUUAAAGAAACAGAUGUGAAUAAAGUUUUCGUUUGAAUUAUUUAUUUGGAAAUGUACAAUUAUCAAUGUUAGAAGACUGCUAGUAUUGUACGUACGCACAGACGUCAAUUCAACGUCUUUUCCACGUUGGUGCAACAUCAUUUCAUUGAAAUGACGUGGAAACGAUGUUGAGUCAACCUAUGUGUAUAUACAUUUAUUUUUGUUUUAUUUUCAGUUGAUGUGCAAUACCUAUGAUUUGUAGACUAUAGAGUAGGUAGUGAGUGGUUGAUUUGUAUGCUAGAUGGAUGUUCUCCAGGGGUUUUCAAAAAGGUUUGCCGCCAGCCAUGUUUUCCUUUUUCUAGAUGAAGACGUAUUCGAUGGCUCGAUUCCAAACCGAUCCCUCACCCCUCUUCUCGCCGUUCAAUCCCCUAUAUGCCCUGUGUAUGUUUGGAACUGGGCCCCAUCCCUGGCUGUGGUCAGGCCUAUCACACACCAGAAACAUGGCUGCGUUCAGGAGGGCUCAAUGCUUUGGAACGUUCAGAUGGAAUCUGUGGAAUCCGUCUAGUAAGUUUCACCAUCCUGAACGCAACCCAGGUUUCGUGGUGUUUUCCGCGAAGGCCAGUUGUAUAAAUUUUAGCCUUUUGAUCUGGACAAGGCCUCACUACAGACUUAAUGUACACACUGGAAAAAGUUAGACAAUGUCAACCUGCAACUCCUGCAAAUAAAGGGUUGA